AUGGGACCCUUAACAUUUAGCCUAUAUGACAUGACCGACUACAAACGCGUGUCAUCUAUUAUUCAAGGGCUGUUCCCAAACGGGACCCUUGCCAUUCAAGUGGGUUACUUAUGUUUUAGGAAUGUAGAUAACUUGAAACAAAUGAGGAACAAAAUGAAAUAUGAAGCCAAAACCUAUAAAAGCAAACUAAAAGUGGAUGUAAUGGGGACAGGGGGUGGGCCAAGCACCCUCAAAGAAAAUAGUAUAUUGGAAGAGGUGUUACGUUUUAUAGGAAGAGCAGGUGUUGGAAUAGAAAACAUUCCUGAUUAUGAUUUUCAGCCUGCUAUAGACGUAGGUCCUAUAGAACCUUUCUUUUUUGAAAAUGUAUUAACCGAGAGUAAACCAUUGGAAACUUGUGUUACUCAGGAACCUCAAAUUCAAGUUGAAAUUGGUGAGACAAGUGCAACCUUUCAGGUGCCUCUUGUUCAACCUGCAAGCACCAGCAGACAAAUAACGCCUUCGAGAAGAAGACCAGUUGUAAAAGCUUCCAUUAAAGAACAACUGAACAAGGAAAAAGGUCUCAAGUUCACACGCACCAGAUCGGUGUCCUUCAAAGAGUUAAAUAAUGGAGUCCUAAGGAGAUUCGAAGAAAAGGAGCUCUUUGAGAUAGUGAAAAGAAAAGUGGAGCAAAGUAUUCAAUUGCGAAGCAUUAUUUUACAAAAAUUAGAAAAUAACGAAGAUGUAGACCCUUCCUUAAUACAGGCUACUUUUAAGGAUUAA